ACAGAGUACUUAGUUCAAGGGAACGAAGAAUUGGGAAUCAUUUUGGUGAAUGGAUUCCAAUAUAUGGAAUAAGAAUAAGUUGAAGAUUUGACCUGUUUUGAAGAAACGUGUGGUCCGUUUGUCUAAGCGAUAACAAGAAAACCUAAAAGAUGAAUUCAACACUGUUCUCCCGGGUUGAAAACCACUCAGUGCAGUACAACAUCUCAGAGAACGCUCCACUUCUGGCUUUUGAAACCGAUGACUGCCACCUGCCCUUGGCCGUGAUAUUCACUUUGGCUCUGGCUUAUGGGGCUGUGAUUAUUCUUGGAGUCUCUGGGAACCUGGCAUUGAUCAUAAUCAUCCUGAAACAGAAAGAGAUGAGAAAUGUCACCAACAUCCUGAUCGUGAACCUUUCCUUCUCUGACUUGCUGGUUGCCAUCAUGUGUCUCCCCUUCACUUUUGUGUACACGCUGAUGGACCACUGGGUCUUCGGUGAGACCAUGUGCAAGCUGAAUCCUUUCGUACAAUGCGUCUCCAUUACGGUAUCCAUUUUCUCUCUGGUUCUCAUCGCCGUUGAACGGCAUCAGCUAAUCAUCAAUCCAAGAGGGUGGAGACCAAACAAUAGACAUGCCUACAUAGGCAUCGCUGUCAUUUGGGUCCUUGCCGUGGCGUCUUCCCUGCCUUUCCUGAUCUAUCAGAUUCUGACUGACGAGCCCUUCCAAAACGUAACGCUUGCUGCAUUCAAGGACAAGUAUGUGUGCUUUGACAAAUUCCCGUCAGACUCUCACAGGCUGUCCUACACGACUCUGCUUCUGGUGCUUCAGUACUUCGGCCCACUCUGCUUCGUGUUCAUAUGCUACUUCAAGAUAUACAUUCGCUUGAAGAGGCGAAACAACAUGAUGGACAAGAUGAGGGACAGCAAGUACAGGUCCAGUGAGACCAAGAGAAUCAAUGUGAUGCUGCUCUCCAUUGUGGUUGCCUUUGCGGUGUGUUGGCUGCCCCUCACCAUCUUCAACACUGUGUUCGACUGGAACCACCAGAUCAUCGCUACCUGCAACCACAACCUGCUGUUCCUGCUCUGCCACCUCACAGCAAUGAUCUCCACCUGCGUCAACCCUAUCUUUUAUGGAUUCCUGAACAAGAAUUUCCAGAGAGACUUGCAGUUCUUCUUCAACUUUUGUGAUUUCCGGUCUCGAGAUGACGACUACGAGACCAUAGCCAUGUCUACCAUGCACACGGAUGUGUCCAAGACUUCUUUGAAGCAGGCAAGCCCAGUCGCGUUUAAGAAAAUCAGCAUGGAUGACAAUGAAAAAAUUUGAAGCUGCUCAGAGCAUACGGUCCCAGACUACAUCUGUGGAAAGCAAGCACAGCCUGAUGCAUGCUUCCAUUACCUGUGCUCCCAGGGAAUGGAGUGAAAUAGGUUUGGAAAGUCCAGGAUGCUCUGUGUUUUACUGCUUUUGCUAUGGUUGCCAUGAUUACUUGGGAUCAACAUAAGUAGACUUUGUAAUCUUGUGGCAACA